GAGUGGGAGGAGGUAGAGCUCAGCUGAGCACACAUCUCCCGGUGUCUCCGGCCUUUUCUCCCCAAUCUCCGGCUCUGGGUAAGUGGGACCCGCUGGGAACAUGAGCCGCUCGGGCCAGAUGGAGCACGAGACCCUCAUAGAGAUGUCAGCGACCACUGACGGGGAGGACGCAAACGGGCCAUUCUUUGAGACUAACUCAAACGUAGACUCUGAUAACCCUGGAAUCUCGGAGGGGCUAAGCAGCACAGAAAGCACAUUUCUCAUCAACAACCAUCAGAGGCUAUUGCAGGUCACACGGAAAUGGCACAAACACCGCCUGUUUCUGAAGCGUCGGCUGAUGAUAGACAAACAUCACCAAAGCAAGGAUUCCGUCUUCUUCAGGGAUGGCCUUCGGAGAAUAGAUUUUGUCCUGUCUUACACAGAUGACCCAAAUAAAGAAACAGAUAAGAAGAAAGCGGAAAGAAGGAAAGAAUUUGAGUCGAAUUUAAUAAAAACUGGACUGGAAUUAGAGACUGAAGACAAAAAAGAAUCUGAAAGUGGGAAGAUCUAUUUUAUUAAGAUCCAUGCUCCAUGGGAUGUUUUGUCCACGUACGCUGAAGUUCUUGGCAUCAAAGUUCCCAUCAAGGAAAACGACAUUGAUCCGCCGAGAGAGAAUCCUCUGGACUGCUUACUUAAGCCAUUUAAACUUCCCAAUCAUGUCAUGUACCCCGAACCAGAUUACUUCACCGCUGCCUUCAGCAAACAAAAGCAGGAACUUUUUCUUAUCAAUGACCAGGACACCUUCUUCUCACCAGCCACCCGCAACCGCAUUGUGUAUUACAUCCUCUCUCGUUGUCCAUAUGGAACAGAGGAAGGAAAGAAAAAGUUUGGCAUAAAAAGACUUCAAAACAACGGGACCUACACCUCAGCUUACCCUCUUCAUGAUUGUCAGUAUUGGAAGAAAGCAAAGGAAGAACUUUGUCACAAUGAGAGAUUCACCUUGUACACACAAUGGGCCAAAUUUGCAAGAUUUUACAAGGAGCAACCUCUAGAUCUUAUCCGGAAAUACUAUGGCGAAAAGAUUGGGAUUUAUUUUGCUUGGCUGGGAUAUUAUACGGAAAUGCUUUUUUAUGCAGCGGUUGUUGGCUUUUUCUGUUUCCUGUAUGGCUGGAUUACAAUGGACGAUAAUCUCAGCAGUAAGGAGAUUUGUAGCCCUGACAUUGGAGGGCAGAUCAUCAUGUGUCCACUUUGUGACAAGACGUGUGAAUUCUGGAAGUUAAACACCACGUGUGAACCGUCACGGUAUUCACAUAUGUUUGACAACGUGGCCACGCUUUUCUUUGCAAUAUUUAUGGGAAUUUGGGUUACCCUGUUCCUGGAGUUUUGGAAACGGAGGCAGGCUAGACUGGAGUACGAGUGGGACCUGGUUGACUUUGAAGAGGAGCAACAACAACUUCAGCUUAGACCAGAAUACGAGGUGAAAUGCACUCAGAAACGGAAGAACCCUGUUACUCAGGAAAUAGAGAUGGUUAUGAGGAGAAGUGCUGUAAAUUUCUUUGGAAAACUGUUCUUGUGCUGGAUGUCCAUUGUUUUUUGGAUUUCACUGAUUAUAGCCAGUAUGAUCGCAGUUAUAGUAUAUCGUCUCGCAGUCUAUGCCGCCUUUGCCAGCAUUAUGGAAAACAACGAUGCUCUCCGGCCGGUCAGCAGCCUUUUAACUCCACAGCUCGCCACAUCCGUCACUGCAUCCUGCCUGAACUUCAUUAUUAUCAUGAUUUUGAACUUUUUGUACGAGCGGGUCGCAAUUUGGAUUACAGACAUGGAAAUCCCCCGAACUCAUCUGGAAUAUGAAAACCGACUCACUAUGAAAAUGUUCCUCUUCCAGUUCGUUAAUUAUUACUCAUCUUGCUUCUAUGUGGCCUUCUUCAAGGGAAAGUUUGUUGGCUAUCCUGCGGAAUACACAUACAUGUUUAAUGUCUGGAGGAAUGAAGAGUGUGAUCCAGCUGGUUGUCUAAUUGAACUCACCACCCAACUCACAAUUGUCAUGGCUGGGAAGCAGAUCUGGGGCAAUAUUCAAGAGGCAAUUGUCCCAUAUGUUUUGAAUUGGUGGGGAAGCAGAAAAGCCCGGAAUAACCCAGAAGACUUGUACAGCCGAUGGGAGCAGGACUAUGAUUUGCAGACUUUUGGACCUCUGGGACUUUUCUAUGAGUAUCUUGAAAUGGUGAUUCAGUUUGGAUUCAUUACACUGUUUGUGGCUUCUUUUCCACUGGCCCCACUUCUUGCUCUUUUAAACAACAUCCUGGAAAUUCGCGUGGACUCAUGGAAGCUGACCACACAGUUCAGGAGACCAAUAGCCUCCAAAGCUCAUAGCAUUGGCGUCUGGCAGGAAAUCUUAAACGGGAUGGCUGUCCUGUCCGUGGUAACCAAUGCGUUUAUUGUUGCCUUUACGUCGGACAUGAUUCCACGAUUGGUCUAUUUCUAUGCUUAUACGGAAAACAUGGAUUCUCGCAUGUCGGGAUACAUUAACAGCAGCCUGUCAUUUUUCGACGUUGUUGAUUUUUCAAAUAAUAGUAUGCCGAUAGAAAAUGAAAUGAACAUAACCACUUGCAGAUACCGAGACUAUCGCUAUCCGCCUGACCACGGGAGAAAGUAUUUGCACACAAUGCAGUACUGGCAUAUCCUUGCCGCAAAAAUGGCUUUCAUAAUCAUUAUGGAGCACGUUGUUUUUCUUGUGAAAUUCUUUGUUGCCUGGCUGAUUCCUGACGUCCCAUCAGAGGUCAAAGCGAGAAUCAAACGUGAAAAGUAUCUCACCCAAAAAAUCCUUCAUGAGUAUGAACUCUGCAAGUGGCAGGAGAAACUGCGGGAAAAAAGCAACUGCGCGGAAGCGGCGAGACAGGUUUUUGCCUCAAAAGGAAAGGUUCAGCUGUCUGCCGCCAUGUAGCGAAGUGCGUUGGUGAAACAUUGUGAAAUUCACUUAAACCGCCACAGUCUGUGCCUUUUUCCUCUCAUUCCCUCUGGCAAGAGAGAGCACGACUAUCCGGGACCUCUGACAAUAAACUUGUUAUUAUCACUGCUGCUUCGAGCACUCGAGCUAUUGCAUGAUAGCCGUAUGUAACACUCAUGUAUCCGACUUUCUCUCUGUGCUCUCCACAUGAUGGGGCACAUACGUGGAACCCAUGACUGAUGACCCUGCGGCUAAGAACCUUGAACUAUAGUAUACAGAAUCCAGCCUACCAAUUGCUGGGUUCCCAUAUCAGCCGCAUAAACAUGGCAGUCAGGCCACCUAAAAUUGUGAAAUAUUAAAAUGACAAGAAUUUUAAAAAUAAUUUUAACUGCUAGCUUGCCAAUAGGUUAGCACAAAGUUAUGAUAGAUUAACUGCCCUAAGUGGCAACCAAAGAUAUAUUGUGGGCUUUUAAUUAAAUGACUGUUUACUUUUUCAGUGCAAACAUGCAGGAAGUGGUAGAAGACAUCAUUAAAGAUCUGUGCAGCGUUUGAAUCCCAAACCCACUUUUCAAUCGAUAUCUUCAUAUCCAAGACAAAAUAUAUUUGUCGCUGGGGCUUUUCAUUUGAACCUGCACUUUUUUUAAUUGCACUUGUUAAAUUCGUGCUGCUGUUCCUCGAGAGAGGUCUAUAUUACGCAGGAAUUAAGUUUCAGAAUAUAGUCCUUUACAUGCGAUAUUUCUGUCAAUUCUCGAAGGCAAGAUUUUAUCUGCUGAAACUUACAUUGCAUGUGCAUAUCUCCCUUUAACAGCAUUUAAAGGAACCCUCCGGCACCCUGCUAUGUUAGGAACAGUGUGUAGGUUAGAGUAAAACUAGUAUAUGCUGGCAGGGAUUUCCGUUUACUAAUUGUAAUAAAUACUUUUUAUUCAUAACCCCACUUAUUCUGCAACUCUUCCCCCUCCCCAAACUGAAGCAUAUCAAUUUUUACUCCAAUAACAUAUCUGUGUAAAUGAUGUAAUGACACAUAGUCAUCAUAUCUUGAGAUGCUGUGUGGCAGGGAUCUUUGGUAGUUGUAGUUCAGCUGUCAGCUGUUUACAAUAGAAAGUAAUGUACCAUAGACUGUGAGUUACAACUCCCAUAAUCCCCUGCUGCACUGUGAUUUCUAAGUUAAGUUCAACAAUUUAUGAGAUACGUUCAGCAUUCCUAACGAAUGCGAACAGAGUGUCAGGAUUGGCUGAGCCACAUCCUGGCUUGUUGACUAUUCACUGUAAAAUAUGCAAAUCCUGGGGAUCUGCAUUACCUUCAAAAUGAGUAAUUUUUCUUGCAUUUAUUUAAUAUCUUUAUUGCAUAUUUUUUAAAGUGUAAUCUACAUAAUGCUUUAAAAUAAAUGUGAUCCAUCCAGCUUGAAUCAAAGCCCCUUCAUGCCUCAUCCCCUCCCCCCAGUAUAUUCUUAAGAUUUCAGAUUUUAUAUUAUGCUAAAAUGAGCAGUUAAAUGACGGUCUCUGAAAUAUGUGGAGCACGGUUUAGUCACUUGCGCUGGUGGACCAUCAGACAUGGAAAUGACAAUUAGCUGGUAGCUAAUAAUAUUCACCCAUUUUACUAAGCCUACCUCUGGUAACUACAAUAGCCAUUUAUUUAAAAAAAAAUAUAUAUGAAGUAGCAAAUAGUACGAGCUGUUUGCGUUUAUGCUGUCAAUGCACCUUGGGUAUUUUUAUUCCCAUAAAAUUAUGAAUAUUUGUAUGUCUUUUAAUAUAAAUAAUUUUUAAUAUCCUGCCAAGCC